AAAACGAUACUUUCUACCAAACGCACUGUUUCGGGAUUCGGUUUGUGACUGUCGCCGAAACCAAACAUCAUUAACGAGAUUUCAUUACAAAAUGUUAUUUUUUGGGAAUCCAUUUCAAUCGUGUCAACAAUCGCACACACAUAACCUCAAUUUGACAACAAAUAUUUGUCCCAAUCAAAUUAAGCCAUUUAAAAAUAUCCACUCCUGAUUGGCCCACAUUUUUCAGCAUGGCCAAUCAAAAAUUAAAAUCCCCAAGUCGAAUGUCAAACACAUUAUAACUUGUGAUUAUAAUUUUUGAAAGAUAAACACGUUUUUCGAAGGGAAGUGAAGUGAGAAUGGUUGUAAUUACGACAUUUAAACCACCAGAAUCUCCAGUAAAACUUGAACAACCCAAUGUAGUCGUAAUUUUGGAUAAAAGAGACUUGGGGACUGGGACUUUGUUUGUGAGCGAAAGGACAAUCAGUUGGCAAAAAGACGGAACUACAGGUUUUUCAAUUGAAUAUUACAACGUCUCACUCCAUGCGGUGUCUAAAGACCCCAAUGUGUGUGAAAGGGAUUGUAUUUAUAUUUUGACCGAUCCCCACAUAAAUAUGUUUGGUGAUAAUAAUGACCAGAGGCCAGCAAAUGAUGAGGAUAGUGAUGUUGAGUCAGAACCAGAUCUCUCGGAACUGAUUUUAGUUCCUGAAAACCCCACACAUGUACCCAAUAUUUAUGAGGCUAUAAAAUUGUGCCAAGAAUUAAAUCCAGAUCCUGCCGAUGUUGAAGAUGAGGAUGAUGAUAAUUUAUUUGCAGAUGCUGAAGAAGAAAUGUAUAUAGAGGCUGAAUCUGAACAAAUUGGGGACGCUGUCGUGAACAGUUUGGCUGAAAGGCUACAAAACAAUUCAGUUGACGUCCAAUACAGCUACAGAAAUGGUAAUGAAGAUGAGGACUUUGAAGAUGCAGACUGAUCGCUUGCAUAGUUAUUAGGUUUUGUAUCUUUAAUUUUAAUUAAUUUUUAAUAAAACACUAAAAUGUGAAAA